AAAAAUCACAGUCCUCCUCUUCACGACUGCGAUGAUCUUGAAACCCUCAUCGCCAUCGUCUCUUCUCAAGCUCGGCCUCGCCCCAACCCUCGAAUCCCUAAAUUUCCUCCUCUUCUCCAUCGCCCAAUCCAACAAGCUCGCCCUCAUCCCCUCACUUGUAUCUCAAUUCACCUCCAUCUCCUCCACAAUCCCUCGGAGCUCUCUCCGAUGCUUGAUUUUCACCCUCAGUGCUCGUGGCGAGCCGGAGAGAGCUGUUCAAGUUCUGGAGACGAUGAAAUAUGCGAAUGCUGGACUUCAGGUUGAUGAUUUUGUUGCUAGCUCGAUUGUCUCUGGGUUUACGAAGAUCGGGAAACCGGAGUUAGGGUUAGGGUUUUAUGAGAAGGUGGAAGAGAGGGAGGGGUUUCGGUCGGGUUUGGUGACUCUUACUGCUGUGGUGGAUGCUCUUUGUAUCAUUGGUAGGGUUGGUGAAGCUUGUGAAUUGGUGCGGGAGAUGGAAAAGGGUGGUUUGGUCUUGGAUGAGGUUCUGUAUAGCUGUUGGAUAUCUGGAUUGCUUAGGAAUGGGGAUUUGAUGGAGGGGCUGAGGAAGCAUUGUUUGAUGGUGGAGAAUGGGAUAAUGCCGGAUGUGAUUAGCUAUAGUGUUGUCAUUGAUGGGCUCUGCAAGGAAGGGAGUGUGGAGAAGGUGGUUGGAUUCUUGGAUGAGAUGAAAAGAAAGGGAAUUGAGCCUAAUUUGGUUACUUAUACAUCGAUAAUUCAGGGGUUCUGUGUGAGAGGCAGAGUAGAAGAGGCAUUCAGUGUAUUGAAGAAAGUAGAGGAAUCAGGUAUUGUUCUGCAUGAGUUUGUUUAUGCCAUUUUGAUUCAUGGUCUGUGUAAAGUCGGGGAUUUUGAUAGAGUUUUUGGUGUGCUUGAGGAAAUGGAGGAGAAAAGGAUUGUUGCUGGGGAUGUGACAUACAAUACUGUGAUUAAUGGUUUGUGUAAAGCAGGGAGGAUGACUAAGGCUGAUGAAAUGUCAAAGAGCUUUAGUGGUAAUAAUUUCACAUACAGCACAUUGUUGCAUGGGUACAUGAAGGAUAUGGAUGUGGCAGGAGUAAUGGAGACAAGGAGGAGGUUGGAGGAAGCUGGUAUCUGUUUUGAUGUUGUUACAUGUAAUGUGCUUAUCAAGGCUUUGUUCAUGGUGCGCAUGGUUGAAGAUACCGUGAAGCUGUUCAAUGAAAUGCCACAAAUGGGUCUGGCUGCAAAUUGUGUUACUUAUUGUACAAUGGUUGAUGGUUGUUGUAAAUCAGGUAAGAUUGAUGAGGCGCUGCAGAUAUUUGAUCAGUAUAGGCAAAAAUCAGUAGCCAGAAAUGCUGCUUGUCAUAACUGUCUCAUUAGAGGACUAUGUAAUGAACAAUUGGUCGAAAUUGCUGUUGAAGUGUUUGAGGACCUUAUUGAGAAAAAUCUAGUUCUUGAUACUUCUAUUUGCAGGACAUUGACCAGAGCCCAGUUUGUAGAUGGCGGUGAAGAGAAGGUCAUAAAGUUUAUUCAAAAGAUGCAAAAAUUAGACCCUAAAUUACUCUCAUUCCUAUCGAACGAUGCUGUUGCUUUCUUAUGCAGAAACAAUUGUUUCGAAGGGGCACUAGAAAUCUAUUUUCUGAUGAGAGGAAGCGGCAUUGUGAUUACAAGCAAGUCAUAUUAUCUACUUCUUAAAAAACUUGUUCAAGGGCAAAUGAAACAUGUCAGUCAGAUGAUCAUGAAUGACUUUGUUAAAGCAUGUGGCAUGUUUGAGUCUAGGGUGAUUAACAUACUGUUAUUUUACCUAUGCAAAAGGAAUGUUGAUGUGGCCAUUCAAUUUCUGGGUAUUAUGGGGAAGCAAAGCGUGUCUGUCAGGGUUUUGACUGCUAUUGUUUGUGCACUAAAGAAUGAAAACAGAGCUAAUGAUGCUUAUGAGGUUCUCAUGGCAGCUGAAAAAAAUGGUUUAUCUUUAGAUGUAGUUGUUUAUUCAUCAGUUGUGGAUCGUCUUUGCAAGGAAGGUCAUCUUGGCACUGCAUUAGAUCUCUGUGAAAGUAUGAAAAUGAAGGGAAUGUCUCCCAACAUUGUUAUAUAUAACUCAGUGAUCAAUGUUUUAUGUCGCCAAGGAUCUCUUGUUGUGGCUUUUAGGUUAUUCGAUUCUUUGGAGCACAAUAAUGUGUAUCCUACUGCUGUCACCUAUGCAAUUCUUAUUAGUGCGUUAGCUAGGGAAGGAUUCAUGCGAGAUGCAAAAGAUUUGUUUGGAAAGAUGGUUGGUAAGGGCAUAACCCCAAACACACGCAUAUAUAAUAUAUUGAUUAAUGGAUAUUGCAACUUUGGCUUAAUAGAAGAGGCACAGAAACUUAUAAUGGAUAUGGAUGACAAUUGCUUACAGCUAGAUGCUUUUACAGUUAGUGCAGUGAUCAGUGGCUUUUGUCUGGAAGGUGACAUACAGGGCGCAUUAGAUUUAUUCACUCUCCAAAAAAGAAGAGAGAAAUUUCCAGAUUUUCUUGGCUUCAUGAAUUUAAUAAAAGGUCUCUUUUAUAACGGUAGAGUGGAGGAAGCAAGGAGCAUUUUGAGAGAUAUGCUGCAGUGUGCAGAAGUCGUCAAUCUGAUAAAUCAUGCUGGGGAUGAGCUGAACAUUGAUGAGUCAUUAGUUAGUCUUCUUGGUCUUGCAUGUGAUCAGGGAAGAAUCAAAGAAGUCAUUGAUGUCCUUAAUGAAGUGAGAUUGACCGCUUUUCCUACGUGGAGGUCUGAAAGUGACUAUAGAAUCAAACACAUGAAGAGGUUGCAGGAUGGAGGGGAUUUUACUACUGAUGUUAAAAUGACAGGGUCUGGAGAAGGAGACAUUCCCCUUAUGGAGGCAGAAGUUCCUAGACACCUGUAUAACAUUUCAAAAUCAAAAAAUAUUACUGCAGACAUGGUUGAUAUGAGCAACAAAUUCUGCAAGUUGGGUGAAGAAAAUGGCAGGAACAAUGAUCAUGAUCAUCUGAUUGGAAAAUCUCUGUCACAUGAUUUCGACUCAUACUAUUGCAUCAUAGCCUCACUUUGUUCUAAAGGCGAGCUGCAAAAAGCUAAUAGUGUUGUGAGAGCAAUGCUUCUUUCAGAAAAUUGCUAGCUGUUUAACUCCAUUUGAAUUUGUUGCAAGGAUAGCACUUGGUCUACUAUAUGCUGCAGUUUCCAACCAGCCUGAGCUUCACAUGCUUUGGAUCAUCUGUGCGCAAGUUGUUCUGACUGCUGAAAUUUUAACAGAGUGCUUUUCAACAGCAUCAAUUAUUUUGUGUUGUCACUUUUCGCCAUAGGCUUGUAGCAGCUUAUCUCAAGCCUUACUUAGCACGUGCUACUACUGAUGCUGGCCAUGGAUUUGGAAAGUGAGAACUUUGGUAGCUGCAGAAGUGGAAAUGAAUGGUUGGCAAAUCAGUGGAAAUUACUUGCAGUUAUUCAGAAGUCAAGAGUUCAUUCCUCUUAUCUAGGGGUGGCAACGAAGGUAAGAGUUCAUUCCUUUUAUCUAGGGGUGGUAACGGGGCGGGGCGGGGACGGGGAUUCCCCAUCCCUGUUUCCCCGACAGGGGAAUUUGCUUCCCCAUCCCCAUCCCCGCGGGGAUCCCCUCCCGAUGGAUAGAUGCAUUGCAGAAUGAUCUGGAGUUCAGAAGGUUUCAACUCCUAUUAUUCAGAUUCAGCAGAGAAUAUUUUAAUCUGUGGUUGAGAUAGAAAAUCGGAAUCGUACACAACCCCACCGCCAGGCUCCGGUCAGCAACAUGAGAAUUUCCAGUCUUCCGAAAGCGGGUCCUAACUAACUAUUUUGGUGUAUAAGCCCUCAUUAAUUGUUGUUUUGGCUAAUGAGGAUGUGAAAUAUUCAUGUCAAAUACCUGAUCAUUCUGUGUCUAAUUGACCAUUCAUCACCUAAUAAUGAGCAUUCUAAGGCUGCCUUGUGCCUGUAAACCAUGUAACAAAAGCCGCAUGUUUCCUCAUUUAUAAGAAAUAUUUGCCUUUGAAUUUUAUGAUAA